AUGGGGCUGCCUCGACAUUAUGCUCUCAUCAGAACAGUCAUAAAGAAAAAAGUUGGUUUCAUGCUUAAACUAACAUGGCUAGAGGCUAAAGCAGAUGAUGAGAUAGCAAAACAACAGGUUCGUAAUAUGUUGCCUCUCACUGUUGGUAAGUUUGAACUUGGAACCAAUUCCGAACUUACUGGAGAUGAGGAGACAAGUGAAACUCCAACGUUCUCUCAUCUGAUCCACUGUAGAAUAGGAAGCAUGAAAGAUUCUAUCAGUGUAUACCCAAGAAGAGGAGAAACAUGGGCUCGAUUAAGAAAAUAG